AUGGAAAGCAAGUGGAGAAUGAUCUUUUCAAUGAUGUUAAUUGUGAGUUUGUGCCUCACUGAUUGUGUGAAACAAAGUCUAGCGGCGGAAGGGCAACAACCGCAACAACUUCCCGGUUUACCUGGACUCUUCCCACCUGGCGUUUCCGGUUUACCUGGGUUUCCAGAUGUGACAAAGUGUGGAUCGACGCUCUUCAACAUUCCGGGAUGCUUGUUGCAAAUAUCAACGUCAAUCUUCACCGGACAGUUUGGAAAUAUCGGAAUUCCAUGUUGCAAGGAAUUUUUGGAUUUAAGUGAAAAUUGUUUACCAUCCAUUUUCCCUCUGAAUCCGUUUGUUCCUCUCCUCAAAAGUAGUUGUUCUAAGGCCGUGGCACCUCCUCCUGCAUCAAAGUAG